CUUUUCUUUCCCUUUUUUUCUUUUCCUUUUCAAGUCCCCUUUAUUUUUUUUUGUGUUAUGUCAAUUAAAAAGAAACAAAAGCUAUUCAGUCUGACUAAUUGUACUUGGUGCGGGAUGGCCUUACGUCCUAAUGAAUUGGUGACCCACCUUUCCCAAUGUAACAACGUUUAUUCAUCAUUAGUUUCCUCUUCCUCACCUGCUUCUUCUUCUUCUGCUUCUUCUUCUAUGAAGAUGUCUCAACAACAAGUUUACAGCCAGAACGCUUUACGACAACAUCGACGGCUAGAUCAUUCGACGAAGAGGUUUUUUGGGGAUGAAAUAGAAUAUCAACGCUGCAAUGGAAAGUACUUUGUAGUUGUCUAUCUUCAUCAAUCGCAAUACGACUGGGGAAAUAGAAUGUUCUACUUUACCGAUUCCUAUCUUGGCCGAAAACGUACCAUCCUUAGCCUGGAUACUAUGAUUGCAAGUGAUGGAACGAUAGACUGUGGGCAAACAAAUCGUCACUAUGUUUCUGGAAAAACAUGGUGUUGGGUCAAGACACAAAUUCUGGAAUUACAAGCUGUAUCCCGUACGUCAACUCAAUGA